UAACCUGACCAGAUUCAGGCCAUCGGAUUGGAUACAAUCUUAAAAAUGGGUUGUUCCAAGGAUUUUGGAUUCAGAUUAGAUCACAAAAUGCAAUCGGGAUUAAAUCCUCAGUUUGUGUUGUUCGAAACAUUUUAGUAAGAGCGGAUUAUUCUGAUCCCAGCAGAAGAGUGGAUUUCAGAAACAAUGUAAUAAAACUUUAAAACUGUUCCAAAAAUAUAUCCCAAAACAGCUGUCAAUAUCAAACAAAAACCUCUUAUGUUUUUUUUGUGUUUUUUAAUCGCUGAUUGUAAAUGACAUUGGCGCAGUCAUCACAGAUGGACGAUGUCAGAAAAGUUGUCAGAAUGCAAUGAAAACUAGAAUGCAAAACAUUGGCUUUUUUAUCAUUAUGUUACUUUAGGGGCUCCAUAGAGCACUAGUAAUCCAUGUUUGGAAAUCUGGAUCAGGGUGCUCCAAUCCAAAUUUGCUUUGAAAAACCAGCACAAAAGUGGCUCCCGCUGCUGUUCCUGUGGAGCUGGGAGGAAAUGACAUCAUCGGGGAGUGCGCUGGCCAACAGUUCCAGGUGUCCCGCCUCCUGCUGCACCUAAACUCCGCCCUCGGCCCCGCCUCCGACGUGCUGCUGGAUCCCUAUCUGCUCUGCUGGGAGGAGCUCAUCAAGUUUAUGGAGGCCCUGGGACCUCUGGUGGGAUUUUUCACUCAUAAAGUUGAGGAGAAGAUCACACUCAUCCGACAGCUCUCGCUGGAAGAAUCCGCCAGACCGAACGCAAUCCCUGAUGAGCGUGUAGCCCCGCCCCCUCCAAACGCCUACCGCUCCGUGCGCUCCAUGCUGGAGGCGGAGCUUCAGAGGGGCGUGGUAUCUUUUGACACGGAAACCCCCUCCGGCAGUCGGACUUUGCUCCGCCUCCACCGCUCGUUGUUAUGGCUACAGCUGCUGCUAGAGAAGCUGGGCACGGAGCGCGAGGGGCGGAGCAUGGGCGAUCUUUGCCGUGAUGCGUACCUGGAGGUUUUAGCGCCGCAUCACCCCUGGCUUGUGCAGCGUGCGGCAGAGCUGGUGUUCCGCACGAUGCCCGACCGCAGCGCGUUCCUGCAGCUGGUGUGCGUGCGCACGCAGGAGGAGGCGGAGCCUGUCAUGCGCGUCGUCGUCGCAGCCAUCCGAGAAAUUCACAGACGGACUCAGAAAGAGCUGGAGAUCAGAAACAUGUUGGACCUGCCUUAACACACACAUACAAACACUCCAGCGCAACACGAGGAAACUUCUGUAAUAUAGUCUAUCUAUCUAUUAAUAUUCCAACAUAAAGAGUGGCUUUUUUUUAGCUUGAAUGUGCGAGACUUCCGGUGUCCUGUCAUUUAUCCCAGCCGCCAGAUUUUCCUUCCAGGUUUCACUGCGCAUGCGCACAUCGAUAUUACUUCAUUUUUCCCAUGCUGAACAGCACACAAUUACUGUAUUUGCAUUACUUUAUUGGUAGGUGUAGACGUUAAUAAACCAUAAUUUUACAGCUAGCAUUUUUCGUUGUCAAACCGUACUUUCUACUUUUUUAGCGAGAUCUGACAGGGUUGCACAAAUUGACAACACCUCUCUCAGUCAUUUUUCCUGAACAAAACAGUUCGUUCUUGAUAUUGCAAACUUAAAUUUUGUUUUUAUAUUAUAUUAAUUUAUUAUCAUAUUCGUGAACAUGCUGGUUUGCUGUGCAAAUAGUUUUACUGUAGCGACUAACGGACCGGAAGUCUCCCACAUUCACAGAAAAUGGCUUACUUCCGUGUUGCAAAAUAAGGCGGGCAUUAUGUAUCCUAAUGUAUAAAAUUUGUCUUGUUUAUGAUAUGUGUGGUUCUGUUAUGUUUUUACAUUUUUAUUAGUGCUGGGCAAUGAUUGAUUAAUCACAUCCGAAAUAAAAGUUUUUGUUUAUAGAAUACAGUAUAUAUUUAUCAUGUAUAAAUACACACACAUUUCCUACAGUGUAUUGUUUGAAUAUAUUGACAUGUAUAUAGAAUAUAUAUCAUUUUAAAAAUACAUUUAAUCUAUAAACAGGUUUUUCUUAAAUAUUUACAUGCAUGUGUGUAUUUAUUUAUACAUAAUAAAUAUACACAGUACACACACACAUAUAUAAAGAAAAACGUUUCAUUUAGAUGUAAUUAAUCAUUGACCAGCACUCAUUUUUAUAUGCUCUUAUGGGAAGUAUUGAUUGAUUUUAGCACUUGCACUGGUUGCUAGGCUCUUCCGACUGCCUUUUAUCACAUUGCUAUGCGGUUGCUUGGCGUUUUCUUCCUGUCUGGUCUAAAAAAAGAGUGAAAUGUUCUCGUCUCUUAUCUGUACACCAGAUGUCGCAGUGUUCCUAGUUUCAUUAACUUAUUUAAUAUCAGGGAAAUCUCAUUAAUAGAUCUUCACACAUUUGUCCAAUACAUUUUAACAAACGCUUACAUUCUAAGGAACAAAGUUAUUAUUACAUAAAAUCAUCCGUGUUUGUAGCUCAAAGACAUUCAAAUACUCAAAUGAAACAAUGUUACGGGUUGCUCUUUCAAAGCUCUGUUAAUGUAGCAACUUUCAGAUGUUUCUUCUAAAAUGAAGUCAAAAUAGACACAUUUAUGUCAUUGUCAUGCAGUAAGAGUAUAAAGCAAUAAAAUUGAUGUUUUUAAGCAGCUCGGAUCAUUUAAUCUAUUUGCUGAGAAAGGUUUCAGUUUACAGACUUUAAUAUCUUGUCAAAUCUGAGCACAAUCUGAGACGCUGUUCAAAACUCUUCUGGAACUGGAUUGUUUCUUUUAUUGGGAUGUUUUUCCCAGGAGAAAGUCUGAAAAACAGGAGCAAAAGUCUCCACUAAAUCUCAGUGUUUCUCAACUGGUGGGUCAUGACCAAUAAAUGUGCCACAGGUCCCAGGAAGAACGCAAACAAUAACACACAACUCUCCGUGUAAUGGUGCACAGUUAAGAGAGUAAAACAAACAGAUUUAUCAGAAACACUUCCCGUAUCUUCUGAGGCUGAUGCCAAAGGUUGUGUUUCCAAUCAAACCCUCCAGAAAAACAAUUGAGACUUUAAACAGUUUUGUGAUUUGCUUUCCUAUAGGAUCAGAUCUGGAAUAGCAGCUGCCAAAGCUUUAGACAAAAUCUCAUUACAUAAGAUGAUAAAGCUCUCGGUACCUACAUCCUUCAUAUACAUUCGUCUAUGUAAAAAAAUAAUAAUUUCAUAUUAUGGCUUCAUAUUGCAAUGCAUAAAACAUAUGCAUACAUAAUGUUUGUUUUUUAAUCCGUGGUCAUUGCAAUUACGUCUAUUUUGAAGCAGAAGUGCAUGACAUGCAUUUAGUUUGAAAUGAGAACUUCGAGGCAAAAAUGUUCGUUAAACACAAAAUGUUUUUAUUUCCUGUUUCCAUUUUUCAUUUAUAAUGAUAAUCAUUUGUUUUUCGAAUAUAAGUUUCACAAUUUUCAUGUCAGGCAAUAUAUAACAGUAUAUUCAGGAUAUUUAAUAAGAUACAUCUAGUUUCUGAGCAGUGUUUUUACAGAGAGUGAAGAAAGAAUAAGACACGUCUCACUAUGAAGGACAGAUGAGAAACCGGAAUGAGUCUGUGAGCUAGAGAAGUCAUCCGGCGAGGACUCGAAGUGACGAGCGUGUGGCAUUAUUGGUUUGGAGAGAAACACAGACGGGGACAAAGAGUGUGUGUGUGUGUGUGUGUGUGUGUGUGUGUUUGAGUGGAAAGCUCUCUUGUAGUGCAGGUGUGUUUGUCGUAGCCAUUGUUUGUGUAAGCACGUGUUUGUCGCCGUGUCAUCGUUGAUGUUGUCCGAAGCGUCUAGGUGUUAUUGAAGCUGUAAAUGUAUGGUCACCAUUGUG